CCGCCCGCCCGCUGUCACCUGCGCGGGCCAGGCCGAGGAUGGCGGCGCCCGGCCGCUGGCUGCUGCUGGCGAUGGCGAUGGCGCUGGCGCUGGCGCUGCGGGCGCCCGGUCCCCGCGCCGCGGCCGCCAAGCUCAACAUCCCCAAGGUGCUGCUGCCCUUCACGCGGGCCACGCGCGUCAACUUCACCCUGGAGGCCUCGGAGGGCUGCUACGGCUGGUCCUCCACGCGGCCGGAGGUGGCCAGCAUCGAGCCACUGGGCUCGGGCGAGCAGCAGUGCUCCCGAAAGGCCGUGGUGCAGGCCCGCCUCUCGCAGCCGGCUCGCCUCACCAGCAUCAUCCUCGCCGAGGACGUCACCACGGGCCAGGUCCUGCGCUGCGACGCCAUCGUGGACCUCAUCCACGGCAUCCAGAUCGUGUCCACCACCCGCGAGCUCUACCUGGAGGACUCGCCCCUGGAGCUGAAGGUCCAGGCUCUCGACUCCGAGGGGAACACGUUCAGCACCCUGGCUGGGCUGGCCUUUGACUGGACCAUUGUGAAGGACACAGAGGUCAGCAGCUUCUCUGACUCCCACAAUGCGUUGCGGAUCCUUCCGUUCCUGGAGUCCACCUACAGCCCACCGGCCUACAUCUCAGACAUGGAGAAGGCGGCCAAGCAGGGCGACACCGUCCUCGUGUCCGGCACAAAGACUGGCAGCUCCAAGCUCAGGGCGCGCAUCCAGGAGGCUGUGUACAAGAGUGUGCGCCCGGCGGAGGUGAGGCUGCUGAUUCUGGAGAACAUCUUGCUGAGCCCAGCCUGCGACGUCUACCUGCUGGUGGGCACCUCCAUCCGCUACAGGGUGCAGAAGGUGCGGCAAGGCAAGGUCACAGAGCUGUCUAUGCCCUCCGACCAGUACGAGCUACAGCUGCAGAAUGACAUGCGGGACCCCGGGGGAGACGCUGGCCGCCCCGUGGCCAUCCUUGCCCAGGACACAUCUACGGUGACAGCGCUGCAGCUGGGUCAGAGCAGCCUCAUCCUGGGACACAAGAGUAUCCGCAUGCAGGGUGCUUCCAGGCUCCCCAACAGUACCAUUUACGUGGUGGAGCCCGGAUAUCUAGGGUUCAGCAUCUACCCUGGCGACAGGUGGGUGCUAGAGACGGGCCGCCUGUACGAGGUCACCGUGGACGUGCUGGACAAGGCGGGCAACAAGGUCCACCUGUCAGACAACACCCGCGUGGACACCACCCUGCCACCCGAGUUCUUUGAGGUGGUCUUGUCCUCCCAGAAUGGCUCCUACCAUCACAUCCGGGCCUUGAAGCGAGGCCAGACGGCCAUUGAGGCUGCCCUUACCUCUGUGGUGGACCAGGACGGAGGGGUCCACACCUUAAGGGUGCCUAUUUGGAACCAGCAGGAGGUGGAGAUUCAUGUCCCCAUCACCCUGCAUCCCAACAUCUUGACGUUUCCGUGGCAACCGAAGACGGGAGCCUAUCAGUACACAAUACAGGCCCUUGGGGGCAGUGGGAACUUCAGCUGGUCUUCGUCCAGCUAUGUGGUUGCCACGGUCACUGUCAAAGGAGUGAUGACCACGGGGAGCGACGUUGGCCUCAGUGUGAUCCAGGCACACGACAUGCAGAACCCACUGCAUUUUGGGGAGAUGAAGGUGUACGUGAUCGAGCCCAGCAGCAUGGAGUUCGCGCCCUGCCAAGUUGAGGCACGCGUGGGCCAGACGCUGGAGCUACCCCUGCGCAUCAGCGGGCUCAUGCCUGGUGCGGCCGGCGAGCUGGUCACCCUGAGCGACUGCUCACACUUUGACCUGGCCGUGGAGGUGGAGAACCACGGUGUGUUCCAACCACUGCCAGGGUGGCUGGCACCAGGGGCCGAGCACUGCAGUGGGGUCAGGGUGCGGGCGGAGGCCCAGGGCUACACGGCACUGCUGGUGAGCUACCGCCACGGCCACGUCCACCUGAGCGCCCGCGUCACCAUCGCUGCCCACCUGCCCCUCCAGGCAGUGGACCCGUCCUCAGUGGCCUUGGUGACCCUGGGCUCUUCCAAGGAGAUGCUGUUCGAGGGUGGUCCCAGGCCCUGGGUCCUCGAGCCUUCCAAGUUCUUCCGCAACGUCACCUCUGAAGACACGGACAGCAUCGGCCUGGCCCUCCUUGGGGCCCCUGCCCCCCGGAACUCCCAGCAGCACUGGGUCCUGGUGACCUGCAGGGCCCUGGGUGAGCAGGUCAUCGCCCUGACGGUGGGGAACAAGCCGAGCCUGACCAACCCCUUCCCGGUGCUGGAGCCCGCGGUGGUGAAGCUGCUGUGCGCGCCCCCAUCCAGGCUCACCCUCUUGCCCGUCUACGCCAGCCCCCAGCUGGACCUGGCCUGCCCCCUGCUGCAGCACAACAAGCAGGUGGCCCCGGUCUCCAGCCAUCGAGACCCCCUGCUGGCGCUGGCUGCCUAUGACCAGCAAGGCCGCAGGUUCGACAACUUCAGCUCGCUGAGCGUCCAGUGGGAGUCCUCCCGGCCCCUGCUGGCUAGCGUGGAGCCAGAGCCGCCCAUGCGCCUGGUGUCCCGGGAUGAGGGCGGCGGCCAGAAGAAGCUGCUCGGUUUGCAGGCCAUCUCUGUUCACCAGGCAUCUGGAACCACGGCCGUCACCUCCACGGCCACCGGAUACCAGUGGUCACACCUGGACGCCGCCGGCGUGAAGCAGCUGAACGACCCCCUCGUGCCCGUGUCGGCUUCCAUCGAGCUCAUCCUGGUGGAGGACGUGCGGGUGAGCCCCAGAGAGGUGACCAUCUACAACCACCCCGGAGUGCAGGCAGAGCUACACAUCAGAGAAGGUUCCGGCUACUUCUUCCUCAACACGAGUGCCACGGACGUGGUCCAGGUGGCCUACCAGGAGGCCAGGGGCACUGCAGUGGUGCGGCCCCUGCUCCCGGGCACAGCCACCGUCAUGAUCCACGACUUGUGUCUGGCCUUCCCAGCCCCAGCUCAGGCUGACGUCCACGUCUCAGACAUCCAGGAGCUGUACGUGCGCGUGGUCGACAAGGUGGAGAUCGGGAAGACGGUCAAGGCUUUCGUGCGAGUGCUAGACGCCCACAAGAAGCCCUUCCUGGCCGAGUAUUUCUCCUUCAUGGACCUCAAGCUGCGGGCUGCCUCCCAGAUUGUCUCUCUGGUGCCCCUGGAUGAGGCCCCGGACAAUUACACUGCCACAUUCCGCGUCCACGGCGUGGCCAUCGGCCAGACCAGCCUCACUGCGAUUGUGACCGACAAAGCCGGACAGAGGAUCAACUCAGCCCCACAGCAGAUCGAGGUCUUUCCCCCUUUUCGGCUGGUUCCCAGAAAGGUGACGCUGAUUAUUGGGGCCACAAUGCAGGUCACCUCUGAGGGUGGCCCCCAGCCCCAGUCCAACAUCCUCUUCUCUGUCAGCGACGGUAAUGUGGCUGGGGUGAGCGAUGUGGGCUUGGUGCAGGGGCGUGCCGUGGGCAACUGCACCGUGGCGGGCAUCGUGCAGGCCGUGGACGCUGAGACAGGCAAACUGGUUGUUGUAUCCCAGGACCUGGUGGAGGUAGAGGUGCUGCUGCUGCAGGCGGUCAGGAUCCGUGCCCCCAUCACUCGAAUGCGGACGGGGACCCAGAUGCCUGUCUACAUCACAGGAAUCACCAACAAGCAGAACCCCUUCUCCUUUGGCAAUGCCAUGCCAGGACUGACCUUCCACUGGUCAGUCACCAAGCGGGAUGUGCUGGACAUCCGGGGCCGGCACCAUGAGGCCUCCAUCCGGCUGCCAGCCCAGCACAACUUUGCCAUGAACGUGCUAGGCCGGGCAAAAGGCAGGACCGGGCUGCGGGUGGUGGUCCGCGCCCUGGAUCCCACUGCUGGGCAGCUGCAGGGCCUCAGCAAAGAGCUCUCGGACGAGAUCCAGAUCCAGGUGUUUGAGAAGCUGCUGCUACUGAACCCUGAAAUAGAAGCUGAGCGAAUCCUCAUGUCACCCAACUCGGUUCUGAAGCUGCAGACAAAUAGGGAUGGUGUCGCGGCUCUGAGCUACCGCGUCCUGGAUGCCCCCGAUAAGGGGCCCCUCGUGCACGUGGAUCCGAAGGGCUUUGUGGCGUCAGGGUCUGCCAUUGGCACGUCCAUAAUCCAAGUGACAGCUCAGGAGCCCUUCGGGGCCAACCAGACCCUCACUGUGGCCGUGAAGGUGUCCCCCAUCUCCUACCUGCGCAUCUCCAUGAGUCCCACCCUGCACAGCCGGAACCAGGAGGCCCUAGCCGCCCUGCCCCUGGGGGUGACCCUGACCUUCAGUGUUCACUUCCACGACAAUGUCGGGGAUGUCUUCCACGCCCACAACUCCGUCCUCAACUUUGCCACCAACAGGGACGAGUUUGUGCAGAUCGCUAAGGGCUCCGCCAACAACACAUGCGUGGUACGUGCCGUGAGCAUGGGGCUGACACUGCUGCGCGCCUGGGACCCAGAGCACGCCGGCCUCUCGGACUUCGUCCCGCUGCCCGUGCGGCAGGCCAUCUCCCCGGAGCUGCCCAGCGCCGUGGUGGUGGGUGACAUCCUGUGCCUGGACACCGCACUGGUCAGCCUGGAGGGCCUCCCCGGAACCUGGAGCUCCUCAGCCAGCAGCAUCCUCCAUGUGGACUCCAAGUCUGGCGUGGCUGUGGCACGGGACACGGGAGCAGUGACAGUCUACUAUGAGGUCUCCGGGCACCUGAGGACCUUCAAGGAGAUAGUGGUCGGUGUCCCUCCCAGGAUCGUGGCCCAGCCUGUCCGCCCCUCCCAGGAAGGCUUCCAGGAGCUGGCUGCCUCCAGGGUGACAGUCACCCUGGGUGACGGGAGCUCCAACCUUCAAGGCCAGUGCUCCCCCAAGCAGCUGGCCGCCAUUGAGAACCUGCGCCCAGAGUCCCUCCUCAGCUGCCAGCUCCGCUUCAAGCAGGAUGUUUUUGAUUUCCCGGCCCAGGAUGUCUUCACUGCAGAGCCGGGGUUCGACACCACUCAGGGCCGGUACCUCUGCGCGAUCGCCAUGCGCAGGCUGACGGACAAGCAGCUGAAGCACUUGAGCACGCGGAGGACGGCACUGGUGGUCACAGCCUCCUUGCCGGGCACCCGCGUCCCUGCAGAGCCGGUGGCGGCUGAGGUGCCCUUCAGCCCCGGACUGUACGCCGACCAGGCCGAGGUACUGCUGAGCAACCACUCUCCCAGCGCCCAGCUCAAGGUCUUUGGCACCACGGAGGUGCUGGACAGCCUGGAGGUGAAGUCGGGGUCUCCGGCCGUGCUGGCCUUCCUGAAGGAGAAAUCCUUAGGGCUGCCCAGCUCAGUCACCUACACGGUGGGCGUCUCGGACCCGGUGGCCGGCAGCCAGGGGCCACUGUCCACCACACUGACGUUCUCCAGCCCAGCGACCAGCCAGGCCCUCACCAUCCCCAUCACCGUGGCUUUCGUGGUUGACCGCCGCGGGCCUGGUCCCCAUGGGCCCAGCCUCUCCCAGCUCUUCCUGGACUCCUAUCAGGUCACGUUCUUCACGCUCUUCGCCCUGCUGGCCGGCACCGCCGUCAUGAUCAUCGCCUACCACUCCAUCUGUUCACCCCGGGACAUCGUCGCACCACCAGCCCUGUCCUCUCAGGCCAGCCCUUGUCACAGCCCCCACUAUGCCGUCACCUCCUCCUCCUCCUCCUCGCCGAUGCCUUUCAACGCAGUGCUUCCUGUGCGCAGAGCCAGCCCCCACUCAGGGCUGUGGAGCCCGGCCUACACCUCCCGCUAGUCUGGGAUCCCCCUAUUGCUGACUCCCAGCCCUGCCCUCCAAACCUGUGGUGCCGGCAGCUUCUCCUGCAAAGGGAAGUGUGUGUGUGUGUGUGUGUGUGUGUGUGUGUGUGUGUCCUCAGUCUUGCAGAGCUGAGACUUCCUGGCGCAUUUUUUCACACCAGGCCAUCUGGACAUGUGCGCUUGUGUGUUUUAUUUUUUCAUUUUCCGAGAUGGCUCGAGACACCCCGUUUACAAGGCCACCAGCAGUCAGAAGCUCCGUAGAGGUGCUGCUGCACUUACUCAGGGAAAGGAAUUCUUGUGUUUUUAUUCUUGGUUUUGGAGCAUUUCAUUUGUGCCCCUGCAGACACACCUGCUGCUAGGAAGUCUGGGAGGUGAACAGGGGGUGUCCAUUGUCUGCCAUCACUGGGGCGUCAGGAAUGGAAGGCAGCGGGUGUGCGGGAGGGAGGCACAGAGCCUCUUGCCGCCAGAGGGCCACUGUGACCAGGCCACAGGCUCUGUGCUUCUUUGCUCCACAAGCUCCUGGACUGGGCUUGUUCUCCCAGCCCCACCUCUGUCAGCACUGAAACUUCGAGAAUUUUCUAGAAGAGUGUCUCUGAGCCAAGACAGACUCUUUCUUAUGAUUGGCAAGGCUGCUGAGCUCUGCCCGGGCACAGAGCUCUAGUGUACCUCCUCUCUGCUCAACCUCAAUAUGUCUGAGCCUUUGCCCACCUUCCACCCCCACCCCAGAGCCAGAAGCUCCCUGGUCUGGGGCUCCCAGGCAGCUCUCCAUCUGUGAUGGGGCCCAAGGACUCCCCUCUGGACACUGCCCUGGACUCAGGAGCCACUCUCAGGAAGACCCGGAGCCCCGGCCAGAGCCUGCCCCUGGGGUGCCAUGUAUGGGAACUCUGCCUUGACUCUGAGCCCCGCCAGGGCGUGAACCAUCUGGCCCUCGGGCUGGGCACAUCUGCAUUUCUCUAAAGCUGAAGACAGGAAGAAUCAAUCGUGCCUUGCAAAUUACUUGAGCUCAAACUGACAGCUUGGAUGUACAUAGGUGUGUUUCUACUUGGUUUAUUUAAUAAAGCUCUCUGGUUUCCUAA